GAGACGCCAGAGCAACCAAAUAUGGAGUUGGAAAACACUUCCAGUACUGAUGAAGCAGUGCUUGCCAGACACCUGAAGAUUCUUGAAACAUCCUGCAGAAUAUGUGGUAGUAAAAAAUUGCACAAAUCAUCAAGAAAAAAAGACGAGUUUGUUACUGAGUUUAAAGAAAUGUUUAAUAUUGAUAUCAUCUUAGAUGUACCAGAAAUUCACCCAAAUGCCUUGUGCAGAACUCACGAACAGUUAUUAUUGAAAUACAGAGAACAAAAAAAACACCAAAAUAUGCACACUUUUAAGACCAGCAUCCAAGUAGUAGAUUUCAACCCACAUACUGACUGUUGUAAAAUAUGCAAUGUUACCCGAGGAAGAAAAAGGAAAAGGACAGGAGUAAACAACCCUCGUAUUAUACCUGUAGUAUCCUUGAAUCAGCCUCAAUGCGAAAUAGAAACCACAGAUUUAGAUGAACAAUAUAAUGCUUCACCAAGUGAUGUCAAUGACUAUUCUGAUUAUCUAGUUGAAGAAACAUCCGAACCUUCACCUGCUGAAAGGAAUUUUGAAUUUGAAACCAAUUUGUAUGAAAAAAAGGAGCAAGAGAGUAAUGUCAAAGAUAAAUGUAUUGUUGAUGAUUUAUUGACCAAUAUUGAAAAUUUAACAGAAACAAGUAGAAAGUACUUCCUUAGUGAGCUCAUUUGUAAACUGUCAAAUGAGGAAGUAUCUGAACUUGCAUUUAUUAUUGGGAGACAGCAGCAGCAAAUUUUUACAGAUGAUAUAGAAAACAUUUCACAGCAAUAUACAAGCCAUUCAUUCUUGACAGAGUUAAAAGCUGAAAAAUGGCUGUCAGAACGAAACAGUGCUUUGAUUCAGUUCAUUUCUGGAAUCACAAAAUUUUCAAUAUCAGAUGCAGCUGAAAAUAUGAAAAUAGCUGUUUGUCGAAUAGUUGAGCAAAUUUAUGCAUUACGUUACCAGAAACUUGUUGCACCAAUAUCAUUUCUUCUCUCACUUAAUAUAUAUUCUAAAACAAGUAGCAGAGCUGUUGUUGACUUAGUCAGUAAAACAAGCCCAAGCGGAACUUACAAUACACUGCAGAAGUGGAUUUCAAAAUCUGGAACAUCUGCUCCACCAUGUCCACCAGGUACAGUUAUGGCUGCCUUUGAUAAUGAGCAAGUUGUUGCAUAUAAACGGGGUAUAGCUCCUAAUCAAAAGUCUAAGUGCUCAAUUAUUACCACUGUGCUGUAUGCAUCUAUGUCAUCAAAGAAUACUAUUCCCAUGUUCAUUCAAGAAAUAGAUAUAUUAAAGCCUAAUAACUGGUUCACUCUGAAUUUUUUUGAAGAACGUCUUAAAAGCAUCAGGGCAAAACAGCAUGAAGAUGGAAAUCAAUUGGAGGAACACAUUAUGAGGGACAAAGAGACAUUUGUACAAGGUAUCACUGAAAUAAGGGAACAGACAUGCGAUGAAUAUGAACAGCUAGAAAAGCUGCAUUUUGAACAACUGCACCAUUUCAUUCAGAAUGCCAUUGAUGCUGUUAGAUAUGAGCAUAAAAUGAAUGAGGAAGAGGAUUCUUACCUUGAUGAAAUUGACAAAAGAACACAUGAAGCAGAGAGAAGGAAAGAUAUUUUAGUUUGUACGUUAUGCAAUGCAGAGAAUGGCAAGAACAAGAUAGUAUGUGAUAAUUGUAAGAGGAGAGAAGGACUUAAAGAAGCAAGAAUCAAGAAGAAAGAUACCGACACAUCUGGAACCAACAAAAAAUCAAUGUCAAAAACUGAAGAAAUAAAGAUCAGCAAAACAGAUGAUAACCAAGAUUCUAAAUAUAUACGAUACCAACAUGUUCCAUCCAAUCAUAAGGGGCCAACAUCUACAACUUUAGGCAUGCCAGCAUUUGUCAACCCUAACAGCAAUGAAACUGUGUCUUUAGUUCUAAGGCAUAUUGGAAUCAAUAUGGGAAUUAAGAGAUAUGGGGGUAAAGAACGUAGUUGGGCCUUUGUCUGUUGUGAUGGUAGACCACACAGUCUUUACCAAAAAAUUCUAGAAGAAUCUGUCAUGUGUAACCAUUGUAACCAGACUUUUUCAACAAGGAACACCUAUAAAGAGCACCACAGAUUAAAACAUCAACCUUUACGUCCUUUUUGUUCUAGGGAAUUCGACUGGCUAUACAUGCGUAUUGGAGGUGGUCACUUUGAAAUGAAUGCUAUGAAAGCAUUCUUUGAACUAAACUGGACACCCUUUUUAGAAAAAUUAUGUGAGCUUAUGGGGUUUAAAACAGAAAAUGCAAAACAUUUUGCAAAAACUUGCAAAGAUCAUCAUGUAGCUUGGCAACUUCUUCUCACUUUCCACACUUCCUCUCUGAAGGAGAUGGUGAUACCAUUCAUCAGAAGCUUGAAAGAAACUAACUUAGAAGCCACUGUUGAAAAUUAUUUCCGCUUUUAUAAAGAAUUUUUGGCACACAACUCUAACCAUGCAUUCCUCCAUUUGCAAAUAUGCAGAUUUUCCCAAGCUAUUAUUAAUUUCAGAAUGGGUAUGAGACGUAACAAUGCUGAACUUGUAAAAAGCGCAAAAUAUCAUCUGAAAGAAUUAUUCUAUGGACGCUUUCAUCCCCACUAUCAAAACAUUGAACUUUUUGACUGUAUUCAGUACAAAUUCAUGCCUGAUGAAGUAAAGAAAGUUUGGGAUGAUACCAUUUCUUUCACAGUGAGUGGAGAUCCAUCAAAAGGGCAGGACCUUGAUUUUGUUUUGGAGGAAAAGAACAAAGCAAUAAAACAAUAUCUACCCAGUGGAACUGUGCCAUCAGACGAAACCUGGAAAUCAAUUUGUUGUAACAUCACUUUCUUUGAGUCUUUGCAAGAUAAAUUAACAGACCUCCUCGGUUUAUCAAAACAGUCAGAAUAUGGAACAAAAAUAAUUGAUAUUAACAAUGCCAUCACCUCCUACCGCCCAGUUUUAAGGCAACAUCUAUCUACAAUGAAUGACGAACACACUUCUGUUUGUGGAAAGAAACUCCAUUCAGAACUAAACACCUUUCUGGAACAGUCAACACAGAGAAGGCAAGAAAAGAUAAAUUCUUGUAUUCUUGGUAUCCCAACAGAUAAACCAACAGGUGGACCGGUCUUCAUCACACCAGACGAGGAAAAAAAAUAUGAGAAAAAAAUGACAAAGGCUGAACUAAGAGACUCAAUUAAAACAAUGAUCGGAAAGCUUUUUCGUAAUGUUGAACUUCAGACUCAUUAUUCUGCAGUUUUAGACAGCCUGAAUGAUACUACACAGACAAAUAAGGAUACCUAUCUCAAUCUUUACUUUGAAUUACAGGAUGUAACUGACAAUAUUCAAACUGAACUUGAUAGCUUUGAAAAUGAAUGAUAUAAAUUUUGAAUCAGAUAAUACACAUUACUAUUAAUUUGCAUAUUUAUUAAGAUUAAGGUCUUUU